ACACAAAAAGACAAAAAACAGCAUCGUCAACAGUCGACCAUGCCGAAACGAAAGCGCUCCGUCGCCGAGACAGUGCAGAUCAAGCUAGAGAAAUACCGGAUAGACAUCUUUCGAGCGCUGAGUUCGGCAAAGGUCCACGAGCGGAAGCGCUUCAGCAUCAAGCUCCACGAGCCCGGCAUCACAGUCGCGAAGAAGACGAGGCUAGAGCGCGAGUAUGGGGUGUUGAAGUCUCUCGAUCUGCGGCACACGGCGCGACACCACCUGCACACGAAUCUGAUCCGAAUCAAGGCCGUCGAAACGUCACCAGACAUUCCACAGGAGCUCCGCGACCCCGUGCCCUGGCCAGCUCUUCCGCAGGAUGAAAUCACCCUCCGGAACAAUGUCAUAAGCAUCCUCUGCAAUGCGGCAUCCGUGAGACAUGCCCUCGACCGAGCAGUUGCCGACAUCUGCGGAACGCUGGGCGUUCCCGUUCCGGCCAAGUCGAAGCGUGUGAGGAACAAGAGGAAGGAUUCAGAGGACCAGCCUGCCGACAGGGAAGCAGAGGGACAGGUUGAUGGAGAGAGCGCAAAAUCUCCAGCCAAGACUGGCAAGAAGAAGGAGGCUGCGAAGGAGGCUGCGGAGGAGGAAGAAUCUGAGGAGUCCGAUUUUGAAGGCUUUGGCUCUGACUCUGAUGCCGGUGAUGACGCGGAUGAGCCUCGGCCGACCAUUGAGGAGCUUGACGACUCAGACCAGGAAUCUGAGGUAUCAAAGUACGCUAAUUUACUCGGCGGCUCCUCUGACGAGGACGAGGACGAGUUUGACGAGGAAGUACUGGCAAAGUAUCGAGGAACAGAAAAACCCAACCUAGACGACAUAUCACUCUCUGGCUCAGGGUCUGAAGACGAAGACGGUGACGAUGAAGGCGACGAGGAGGAAGAACCAGAUCCCAUAAACGGCUCACGAUCACCAUCGCCAAAGAAGAAGCGGGCGGCCAAGGCUGCGGUAAAGGCAGCUCGGCCGGGCGAUUCCACGUUUCUGCCCACCCUCAUGGGAGGCUACAUCUCGGGGUCUGAAUCCGCGUCCGACAUCGAGGCGCCGCGGAAGAAGCGCCGCGGCCAGCGAGCUCGCCAGGCCAUCUGGGAGAAGAAGUACGGCGCCAACGCAAGGCACCUCCAGAAGGCUGCGGCCAAGGGCGGCCGAGACGCCGGUUGGGACUUGAAGCGCGGAGCCGUAGGCCCAGAGGACCAGGGCCGCGGCAAGUGGAGGAAGGGCGGCCGCCUGCCUGGGAGGCCCGCGGGGGCUGCUGGCGGUAGAGGCUAUUCACAGGGCCGAGGCAAUGAUCGUGAACAGGACAGGCCGGCGCCUGUGGCUAAGCCGACGAAGAAGGAUAACGAAGGGCCGCUGCAUCCCAGUUGGGAGGCGAGGAAGAAGGCCAAGGAGGCGCAGAAGAAUGUUGCGUUUGCUGGCCAGAAGGUGGUGUUUGAUUAG